UUCGAUUCCAUGGGCGAAGAAUUGUUGCAAGUCACCGACCCAAGCCUCUCGUACAUUGUACUGGGAGGCUUUGUAGUCAUUAUUAUGGCUGAAUUUCCUCGCCGUCAUCAGCUAUACAUCAACGAAGUCGUGAUCGGAACCGCAUUCGGCAUCGUCAUUGGGCCCUACUGUGCAAACGCAUUCGACCCGAGAUCAUGGGGCGAUCACACCAACGCCAUUACUCUGGAAGUGAUGCGGGUCGUCCUCGCUAUCGGCCUCUUCGCCAUUGGCGUGGAGCUGCCACAGUCGUAUAUGGCGGAUCAUGCGAAGUCGCUUCUCGUCGUGGUUGUUCCCACUAUGGCUUUCGGUUGGAUCGUCGUUGCAGCGGUCAUAUAUUUGUUGUUCCCGUCCUACAACUACAUCUCGGCAUUGGUCAUAGCGGCCUGCUUGACACCUACCGACCCUAUCAUCAGUGCGGCCAUAGUCGGAGGGAAGUAUGCCCUGAAUAACGUACCAGUCAACUUGCGUCAAAUUCUGUCCGCAGAGUCUGCCGCAAAUGAUGGACUCGCGUAUCCCUUCUUGAGCAUCUCCAUCUACCUGACCCUCGAGAGCUCGCGGGCAACGGCAAUCGAGAAAUGGUUCCUCAUAGGCUGGCUAUACGAGGUCAUCCUAGGCACUGUGCUCGGAGCUGUGCUAGGCACACUGUUUUGCAGGCUCAUGAAGAUAUCCUAUCGCAUGGGAUUCAUAAACCGCGAAUCAUAUGUCGCGCAGUACCUAGCACUCACGCUGUUCACGAUCGGGAUCGUCAGUACUCUGGGAAGCGAUGACCUACUGGCAGCAUUUGCGGCGGGCACUGCCAUCAAUUGGGACGGGAAUUUCCACGCCGUGACGGCGAACGAGGCCUUUUCGCCGGUCAUUGACUUGCUCCUCAACUGCGUAUGCUUCGUGUACAUUGGCGCUUGGCUGCCUUUCGACCAGUAUAACCGGAUCGACCUGGGCAUCACGCCGUGGAGGCUGGUGAUUUUGUUCAUCCUUAUUCUCAUAGUCCGGCGCAUCCCGCCUCUGCUCUUGUUCUUCAAGUGGGUGCCUGAGAUUGCCAACUGGCGUGAAGCAAUGUUCUCUGGACACUUCGCUGUCUUCGUGUCCACUCUGGCAGCCACCAGACUCCCGACGCCACACAACCCUCCUGAGAAUCAGGCUGAGCUGCUGGCCGCAACCGUACAAACAGUUGUCUCCUUUGUCGUGCUUGGUUCUAUCAUCAUUCAUGGCCUGUCUAUACCUUUCUUCUCUUUCGGCAAGAAAAUGCGGGCACGCACACUCUCCAUUAAGCGCACAUGGACGCCUCGUCACGGCGGCAUCCCCGACUGGCUUCUGGCAGCUCGCCAUUCAUUCCUAGAGAGCCCGCCUUCCACCUUCACCAGCAUGGAUCCGGAGCAGGGCCAAGAAAUGAAUGUGCGCGAGGCGGAGACUCUGCCUGACGGACACAUGGUAUCGCACAUUGCCAGUGUUCAGUCUGAGAGAGUCGAGCUCACUCCGGAUGGCCACGGUAUCUCUUCUGCAUUCGCCCGUCCGGGCCUGGCUCGACAAGGCUCUGGAAUCACGGCGCGGACGAACCAGGUAAACACCCACGUCUAUCGGUGUCACCAAAGGUAUCCAUGCUGACCAUUUCUCUGCGGCUCAGAUUCGCCUCGAUAAUGACCCUGCGGCGCUUCGCGAACCUGGCCCCGACUACAAGCCUGAGUCAAACUCGGAGUCUGCCAGCCUACGUACCCCGAGAUCGAUUCGCCUCGAACAGAGCUCGCUUCCACCUUGCAUGCACCUGAAGGCAUGGAUGGAAAGCAGCUGGUGCUGUGACUCCGAACAAGUCUCAAUUCGUAGAAGUGCGCGAGGAAGU